UCCAAAGGCCACCACUCGAUAAAGGAUUGACUAGCCUGUCGUAGACGACAGCGUAACAACAACCCGCAGCGCAGAGUGAAGAAAUCAGUGAAUCAUUGUGACUGAUUACGCAGUCGGUGACCGUCGCUGCUGAAGCGCGAGGACGCUUCCAGAAUAUUACGUAGCCCCCCGGAAAUCACGGGCGGAACAACUAGAACGUAGCAGCAGGACCCAGCACCAGCGCCAGGAUGGGUGGACUAAUGGCGGUUGGGUCCAUCUUGUCGAUGAUAACGCUGACCCCGUUCUUUUUGGUCGUGUUUACCAUCGUGUUUAUGGCAUCGAUCGGGAAAUCGUUCGGUGUCCGGCGUCUGUACGUGAGCCUGCUGGUGAAAAUCUUCGAGUUCGGUCGCCAGAACAUUGAAAACGUGCGGCAACAGCAGUACGCGAACAUAACACAAUCGGAACCAGAAGAGGAACCCACCACCACUGGCAGCAGUAGUACGGACGCAGGCGACAGCACCGGGAAAGUGAAUGGAAACAUUCCUAAUGGUAGCAACAACGCGGCCAACCACGGCACGCGGCUAGCGAACGGGGGCGACGCACCGCACAUCGUGAACGGUGGCAAUUCAGUCAUUAGCCGGGCGGAAUCGCUUAUCCUUUCGCCGGAAGUAAUCGAUGAUCCGCGCAGUAAAAGCACGGAACCGAACGGUGACGGUGUCCACCACCAGCGCCACCCCCCGCAGUCCGGGAGCGAUGGCGAGGAAGGAGAACACGAAACCGGCGAGGUGGACUCGGAAGGCGAAGGACACGAGGCGGCAGGAUUCAAGCUGUCGAACUGCCUCGACUACGUAACGUCCGGCAUGGAGGCCAUCAUCGAGGACGACGUUACGAGCCGCUUCCUGGCGGAGGAGCUGAAAAACUGGAACCUUUUGACGCGCACCAAUCGCCAUUACGAGUUCAUCAGCUGGCGGUUGACGGUCAUCUGGAUGAUCGGCUUCCUGAUACGCUACUUCGUGCUGAUGCCGAUGCGGGUGUUAAUCUGUUUCAUUGGGGUGGUGUACUGUGUCAUUGGUUUUGCGAUCGUGGGCAUGAUUCCGAUGUACGGGCCGCGCCGGCUGUUGAACGACAUCGUGUUUAAGCACACGUUCCGUAUGAUCACCCGGUCGAUCUCCGGCGUCGUGCGGUUCCACAACACGCAGUACAAACCGAGGAACUGCGGCUUUUGUGUGGCCAACCAUACGACCCCGAUUGACAUUGCGAUUCUGUCGACGGAUUGCACCUACUCGCUGAUCGGCCAACGACACGGAGGAUUUCUGGGAGUGCUCCAACGAGCACUGGCCCGUGCAUCUCCCCACAUAUGGUUCGAGCGGGCCGAGGCUAAAGAUCGCAUGUUUGUCGCGAAGAGGCUAAAGGAGCACGUCUCGGAUCCGAUCAAUCCACCGAUCUUGAUCUUCCCCGAGGGAACCUGCAUCAACAAUACGUCGGUGAUGCAGUUCAAAAAGGGCAGCUUCGAAGUCGGUGGUGUCAUCUACCCAGUGGCUAUCAAAUACGAUCCGCGCUUUGGUGACGCUUUCUGGAACAGCUCGCGCUUCUCGAUGAUGCAGUACCUGUUCCUGAUGAUGACCUCUUGGGCAAUCGUGUGCGACGUUUGGUAUCUGCCUCCGAUGUACCGCGAGGAGGGCGAAUCGGCGAUCGAUUUCGCGAACCGCGUCAAGAGCGUGAUCGCCAAGCAGGGCGGCCUGGUCGAUCUCGUGUGGGACGGCCAGCUGAAGCGCAUGAAGCCAAAGAAGGAGUGGAAAGAGAAGCAGCAGGAGAAGUUCAGCAAACUGCUCAAGGGAGAAUGACCGUCGGCCUAGCACCGGGCAUCAUCCGGUCACCGGGGGCGCGCUGCCUCCAGUGAUCGGGCCGGUAGUUCGGCUGCAGCCGCUGCUACGAUGCUACGGCUGCAGAAUGUUGUGACAAAAGAACGACGGGUGGGCAGCCCGUAAACAGUCUCCGAGCCACCGAUCAACGCCGGUGGGGGCGCGAACGUCGUCAUCCCCUGGAAAACCUUAUAGCCUCUGGAAGCUUCCACCACUUCACAGCACCAAUGCAACGGCAACUAACAGAGGCACACUAAUAUAACAGAACUAUCAAUACGGAACUACGCUUAAAGACGGUUUAUGGGGUGCUGGGUGCUUGCGAGAGUGUGAUAUUGGUUCGCUUCGUUUUUGCUCAUCGUUUUCAUGUACUUUUCCAAAACAAACAAUGUUUUCUUUUGCUUCGUUUGCAUGCAUUUUUCAUAGUUCUCUUCUUUCUCUUGUCCUGGUUUUUGGUGUUAAAUUUGAUACGCGUUUUGGUAACAUUAGGCCUUUCCCCCCCAUUUCAGUUAAAGUUGUAGUGUGAACCAUUUAGAAUGAUAAGUUUUCCUCCUCGGAACGCUGUGUUCACUAUUGUUUAAGGGUUGAGCAUUUGUGAAAAACUACAACGCAUCGCUUUGCGUUACCCCUGUAAAAAACAGUAGAGCACGUAGAGUGCCGAUCGUUUGAUCGUUUCCAUUUUAUCCCCAUUUAUAGGUGUAGUAUUUUGAGUGUGGCAUGCAUUUUUCUUCUUCGUACUACUUCGUUUCCGAUUCUGUUCUUCGACUUGCAAGCGAAGCGAGUGUGUGUUGUACAGUAAAAGGCUAAGAGGAGCAGCUUAUAGAUAGGGCAUCGUGUACAAGAUCAGUUCAGCGCGCCAAAGACACCGAGCAGAACGUAAGACAAGAAGUGGCACACUGGAAUGGCACAACAGACAAUGUGUAUUUCAUAAGACUGAAGCGAAAGCGAUGAUGACGCGGAAAGUGAGACGCUGAUUGUAAAAUAAGGCCGGCACCGACAAGAAUUCAGAUGCGGUGCCGUGGGCCUGAUCCUUUGUUGUGUGCACUGAAGGCUGUACAGGAAUGUUACCGGUUAUUACUAUAUCAUACUAUAUACAAUCACCAUCUAAUCAAAUCUGCGGAUGAACAAAUACGGAAUAAUGUCAAAACUUACCCGAGGAACUCUUCGAUAAUGAUGAGCUACGUUAAAGUUAUUGCCAAAGAGCUGGCAAAGAAAACACAACCAAUGGCGCAAUAUGUCUGUCGAAAUGGAAGCUAUGGAACAAUACAAUUAGCCAAACACUUACACUGCUCACAUAACGGUCCCGCACAAUCGGUCUCCAUGCAGGAAUCGAUGCGGUUCUAACACUGGAAGCAUCUAGAGCGUUCGUGCCACGAAUGCGCCUUCCCUGCCUUUCUACCCGUGUAUCGUGCAUAACCGUUCUUCAAUGGUGCCAAUCCCGUGAGCCAAAGCGGCAAAAGAAAGAAGCUAGAGGACAAGUGAGAGUGUGGGUGGGUGUAGAAAUAAGCGCUCUUGAUCCAUCUUCAAUUCCUAUGUACAGAGUGUGUGACAACGCUGGGCUAAUAGUAACGUAGUGUAAGGGUAACGCAAAGAUUUCUACAUUUACCUGCGCCAGAACGCCGCCUAACGGCAGGGAUUUGGCUCCAGUCAAGAGACAAACAAAAAUCAAACUAUAAAUGUAUUAAAUUACCAAUUACCAAUAGAGAGAGGUAUCAGCACCAGCACACCGACGGAUAGAAGAAAUAGUCAAUAACCAAAAAACACAUGAAACGAAAUAAACUAAACGACAGAUCCAAACAGUAACAAUAGUAACAAUUACCAAAUACAGUUAAUAUGCACGCGCACGUGCAAGGGAUAAAAAUGCCAGACAAUUUUACUAUACUGUUUGUGUGUGUGUGUACAGGACGACGGUGAGAAAGCAGAAGGCAGCUAAUUCCCGACCACAAUCCCAUAUUGUACAGCAUCGCGCACGCCGCAAUAGCUAACGCGCAGCGUAGCGGUAGUUAAUCCACAGUUUGUGACCGGCCGCAACUGCGACAUUGUUCAGUGUUUAGGAACUAGAGCAGAGAACCAGUAACACAUGCACAUGUUUUCUUAUCCGAUCCCAACAGACAAGCUGAAGAACGAUGGUUUCGUAGAAGAACACCACGCAGCGGAAGGGAGCUACUGGUAUCUGGGUGGAUAGUAGGACAUUUAUAUAGAUAUGGGCACAAUGGGAAAACGCUAAUACUAAUGUCAAUGAUAUUUAUGAUAAUAUGUAGUACGCAUGUCAUUUAACAAACAUGGCUAGGGAUCGAAAGAGGUGCACCGGCGUAUUUCCGCACUGGAAAAGAGAUGGAAAAGUGUAAAUGUGAAUAA